AUUGUAACCGACAACUUAAAUAGAAAACAGAAUUAGCAGCUACUGUUAUAAAUUCUCAUAAUCUAUUUAGACUAUUUGAUAAUAGAAUACAAUAAAUAAGAUGAGUGCUUCCAACAUGAUGAGUGAAAUCAAAACAGGCAAGCAAAUCAAGAGGACUGAGGAAUAUCCCACGAUUUUGGAAAGUUAUGCGCGUGAAUGUCCAAAUGGAAAAAGAGAAAAAAAAAGGAUUUGCAAAGCUUUACCUAAAGAUGGAAAUAACGGAACUCAACAGAAGAAGUUGAGCAAAAAUACGGCAAAAAAACGUAAACGCGCUCAGCAAAUGGAAUCAACGACAAGCAUCAUUGAAACGGUGACUCAGUAUGAAAGUCUACCGAAAAAUAAUAAUUCAAAAGUGGUACCAAAUGAAAUUAUCAAUCCUACUGAUGGACCUCAUAAUAGUGGUCAAAAAACAUCGAAUAAUUACAAGUCUUCAGAUCAUAAUGGAACCAAAAAUGUUGAAAUAAAAACUAACGUGAUUAUAAGUAAAGAUAAAAACGAAAAGGUUUUGGAAGAUUUAAACGUGCCAAAAAUCCAAACCAAAGGAAAUGGAAAUUGUGUACUUAAAGAAGUUGACGAAAAUAUGUUCAAUUUACCUAGAGACGUUGCUCUAGCCCAUUGUAUUGCAGAAGAUUUACGUAUGGAAAGAGGAGUCGCGGUUCAAUUCAAACGUUAUUUUGGAGGUAUUGGUCAACUUAUGGACCAAAAACUUACCGUAGGCGAUGUUGGAGUGGUGGUUAAAAACGAAACAGAAUAUGCUUUUUAUCUGGUGACAAAAAAUUAUUGUAACGGCACGUCGACAAUGUUAUCAUUGUCACAUGCAUUAAAGUCGCUCGUAGAAAAAAUGCAAGAAAGGAAAAUAAUCAAACUAGGUAUUCCUCAAAUUGGCUGUGGAAUAGAUGGAUUGGAGUGGUCAAAAGUUAAACCACUUAUUGAAGAUAUUUUUGCCGGAUCCGGAAUCGAAAUAACUGUUUGUGUACCAACAAAAAUAUUCUAUCGUCCAUCACCACCUCAAAUGAAAGUGUAUAUAACACCUAAGAAACUAUUGGAAAUUAAUAACAAGCUAAGUGACUUAUUAUUACUGAUUGAUAUUGAACAAAUAAAAUCAAAUUAUUUGAAAAAUGACUUGGUAGAUGCUGUAAACUUAGAAUAUCCUUCUUUCAAAGAAAAAUUAAUGAAGGAUAUUAAGACUAAAGCAUUGAAGCCUGGUGACGUUACCUCUUAUUUUAUAAAGAAAGAAAAUAUACACUGUUUAUUCACUAGUCAGUCAGCAUAUUACAGUUCACUAGAAAAAGGAUUUUUAACAAUAAAAAACUACGUAAGGAGAAGUUAUAGGAACUUUGCCAUUCAGAGUGGUCCCAUAAAACCAACUGCAUACUUUAAGCACAUAUCAAGAAUUGUGUUAUUGUUACGUUCAAUAAUUUAUGGAUCAGAAUUAUGGUUAUGCGGUGAUAGUGAUCAGACCAACGAAAAAGAAGUGUACGAGCACUAUUGUAAACAAGUUUUUGAGGAAAUUAGACUUUCAACAAAGUCGAAAUAUAGAAAUAAUCUUCAGAUAAGCAAAAGAAACAAUCCACCGAAAAUUAAUUUGCAAAGAAAAUAA